ACCCUCCUUUCUUUCUGAUUCCAAAACAAGAGAGAAAAAGCAAGCGACAGAGACGGAGAUGGCCGGAGAGGAAGAGACCAGCGAGUUCUACCUGAGGUACUACGUCGGCCACAAGGGCAAGUUCGGCCACGAGUUCCUGGAGUUCGAGUUUCGACCAGACGGCAAGCUCCGGUACGCCAACAAUUCCAACUACAAGAACGACACCAUCAUUCGUAAGGAGGUCUACGUCACGCCCGCCGUCGUUAGGGAGUGCCGUCGUAUCAUCUCAGAGAGCGAGAUCAUGAAGGAAGAUGAUGUGAACUGGCCAGAACCUGACCGUGUUGGGCGGCAGGAGCUUGAAAUUGUAAUGGGGAAUGAGCAUAUCUCCUUCACUACUUCAAAGAUCGGAUCACUUGUAGAUGUCCAGAGUAGUAAGGAUCCUGAAGGUCUUCGCAUCUUUUAUUAUCUCGUUCAGGAUCUGAAGUGCUUUGUGUUCUCUCUCAUCUCGCUUCACUUCAAGAUCAAGCCGAUAUAAGAUGUAUCAGUGUGUGCCCGACAAAUUGCACUCCUUGGUUGUGUAUGCCUUUCGAUAGAGUUGACCUUUUUAAUAUGUAGGCCUUAUCAUUUGACAAUCUUUCUGUAAUUUCUGCUAUUUGGAUGGUUACGAGUGGAUUUCGGAAUGUAUGCCAAAAUGGAAUGCCAGUUUUUCAGUUUCUGCGUCUCUGCACCUCCCUCUGUGUUCGGGACUGCAGCGGUUCAAUGUAUCGUGUGCGCUUUCUUAUGUGCAACUGCCAAAGAAAACAGAAAGUCUGCAAAGUGAUUUAGGUGGAAUUUAUGAUAUUCACAUGA